UUCAUCUGUAAACCCUAGUAUCCUCACUAUGCGCCUCUUUUCUAGUCCUUUCCAUGGCAGAAGUUUUUUUUUGUCACCUUGCCCAUUUUUGGUCAAGGAUUCAGCCCUUCAUGAAUCGUGUCCAGAUCUUACCCCCCUCAAUUCGAGUAAAGCUUUGUGCUUUUCUGCUUAUUUCAUCACCUCAUAAGGAUUUUUUCCAAGUUUAUGUAUCAAGAGGGGCAAAUAUCAUCGAUUCAAACAAACUUUCUCCAUUUCGGGCAUAUGAAAUCAAAUCUUCAAUACAAGAGAAACCUUGGUGAGUUCGAGCAAGUUGGACUUAUGUUUACCUCUAAUCGCCCCUUUAAGAUUUCCUUUUCUAACAAAGAAAUAUGAUUUUUGCUCUGCCCGAAAAAAUCACUAUGAGAUUUGGCCAUUUUCUAACGUUUGCAGUCCAUAUUUUUAAAAUCCCACCAAAAGUCAACCUGGAGAACCCUAGCUCGCAGCAGCUAUAAAUAGGAACCUUUAGCAUUCAUCUAGAAGGGGGGUUGAACAGCCACUACAUUUUCACUAUAAACGAAAAAAAAGUUGCAUAUCAUUCUAAACUACUAUAUUUCAUCUUUUUGUUUGAAAGCUUUGGUUAAUCUGAGCGUGUCCGUAUUCGUCUUCUUUUGAGCGUGGAUCCGUGACCUAAAGCCCUAGCUCACUGCAUCCAAAAAAGGGAGAAAAUGGAGUCUUAAUUCGAGACUUUCCUAGAACAGAGUCUUAAGAUGAGACUCGACGCUAUCACCAUAUCCUUGCAUGGAGUCGACACACUCCACAUUCUUUAACCACACCAGCUAGCAAGAAAACAAGAAAAACAGCUUAGGGCCGCCUAUGGCGUCCUUCCUGCUUCUUUCUUUCCUCAGUCAUUUUAUCGAAAUCCUUUUAUGGUUUUUAAUUUGUUUGUGCGUUUCAGAUUUCUCUUAAGUUUGGGGUUUGUAUUUUGGGAUUAGUGUUUAACAUGAGAUUAAAAUGAAGUCUUUGUUAGUCAUCCAUGAUCCCCACUCUAAUUUUUAGUAAGGUAUUUGUUUGUUUGUUUUUUUUUUUUUUUUUUAGAGUUCAAUAUCCUUUUCAUCAAGGCUUUUGAAACAAGUUAGUUAUUUCUACCACAAUCUAUUUUUAUAACAUUCAAGCGUUAUUCACUGGUCAAAAUUUGCAAUCCGUUUCCUUAAUACAAAAUGGUUUUCCUUUUAAUGAGUAAGAGUGCAUUUUCACUAUUCUGAAACAAAGUCAACAAACCUUUAAAAUGAUGAAGUGUUUAACUAUGAGUUCAACGUUUUCAGGCUUUGAAACACCUUUUCAAAUCAUAUCCCAAUUUACCUUUAAAUAUUUUGGGACUUGAGACUUUUAAAUUCAAGCAUUGAAAUUACUUUUCAACUUGAACCUUUCCUUAAUUUGUUGGUUACGGUCUUAACGAUUUUUACCAUUGUCAAUUCACCUUUGUCUUGCACAUUUAUUUAUUAGAUUUAAAAUUUUCAAAGUUUUAAAACACCUAGUAAAGAUGUAGUUCAGUCAACCUAAGUUUGGCCGGUUAACCGUAGUUAACGGAUCUUAAAGGAUGCUUAACCCCUUCCCUUUAGGAUAACUAAGAACCCUUACCUAGAAUCACAUUAAUUAAGUAGACCAUUAAUCGGAGCUAGUUUUUAGCAUUUACUUAGUUAAAAUAGGUAUCCUAAUUCAUCUUUAAAAAUAAUUAGGUGGCGACUCCUUAAGUUAAAUAAUUAGGAAUCACCAAUAUGUUGUACUCCGCUUUGACCCGAUUAAAUUGGGGUAUAACAGGUGAAACAGAUCUGAAUGGUGCUGAAACAGAUCUGAAUGAUGGUGAAAUAGUUCUAAAUGGUGCUAAAAUUGAUCUGAAUGACGGUGCCACAAUUCUGAAUGGGGCUGCAACAAAUGGGGAUCAAUCAGAUGUUGCUUAGUAGUUCUGAAUCGGAUAUUCCAGAUCUUGAUAAUUCAGAUGUUGAUGAAGAAUUGAGAAACCUUAGAGCUGAAAAGAGGAGUAAAAGGAACCCCAAUCCUAGAAGAAAAAAAACUAACACAGAGGAAAUACCACUAAGUGACGCUGGUAUUGAUAAAGGCUUUGAAGAUAUUGGUAGAAAUAAGUCUGCUAGAUAUGUGGGAAGAUUAGGUGGAGAUGAGGAUUAUAUUGACAAUUCAGAUUGUGGUAGUGAUGACAGUGAUGAUGAGUUAGAUGCUGAUGCUGUAAGGGGUGUUGAUCUACCAGCAAGAAGGAAGAGCACAAAGGUCAUACCUCCAGCUUACGUAGUUGUUAUUUUUGAGCUUGGUAUGGUUUUUGAAAAUGAAAAAGUAUUUAAGAAAGCAUUGGCUGAUUAUGCAAUAGAAUACAAAGUUACUCUUAAGUUAAGGCCUAAUCAACCUAGUAAAGUAAGGGCUAAGUGUAAAGGUAACAAACAGUGCAAGUGGUUGUGUUAUGCUGCAAUAGAUAGAGAUUCUGGUGACUUUAUGAUUAAGAGCUACCAUCCUGUACAUAAGUGUACAACUUCUAACAAGAACAAAAUGUGCAACACUAAAUGGCUUGCUGCUAGAUUUAAGGAUGAUAUAAUUAAGCAACCAUCUUUGAGAAUAUGGGAAAUACAAGACAUGUGCAGGGAUAAGUUAGGACUUUAUGUUGGUAGGACAAUUUGCUACAGAGCUAAAAUGCAGAUACUAAGAGAGUCUAUAGGUGAUUGGAAUUUAGAGUUUGCAAGAUUGUGUGACUAUGCUGAUAUGAUAAAACAGACAAAUCCUGGUAGUUCUGUUUGGGUGAGGAUGGAUAGAGAAAGUUGUCCAGGGAAGAAUUUGUUUGUGUACUUCUAUGUCUGCUUGGAUGCAUUAAAGAAGGAGUGGAUGGAAGGUUGUAGGAAAAUAAUACGUUUUGAUGGGUGUUUUCUAAAGGGUGCUUGUAAAGGUGAACUGCUAGUAGCAGUUGGCAAGAAUGGAAACAAUCAGAUAUUUCCUAUCCCCUGGGCAGUUGUUGACUCAGAGACUAAGCAUAGUUGGAGUUUUUUCAUUAAUUACUUGAAAGAGGAUCUGCAGUUGGGUACUAGAGAGGGUCUUACUGUGAUGGCACAUGCAAAAGGGUUUUCAUGCUGCUGUAGAAGAAUUGUUACCCAAUGCUGAGCGUAGGAGAUGUGCCAGACACAUCUGGUCUAAUUGACAUCAAGAAUGGAAGGGUGAAGAGAGAAGAAAACAAUUUUGGAGAUGUUCUAAGGCCAGUUUUAAAGUGAAGUUCAGGUCAGAGCUUGAUAAAAUGAGCAAACUUGGUAAUGAUAUUUGUGCUGAUUUAUUGCAUUAUCUAGAAAAAUCAUGGGUUAGGGCAUACUUUAAAGAGCAUUCUAAGUGUGAUUUUGUUGAGAAUAACAUGUGUGAGACCUUCAAUUCAUGUAUCUUGUCUUGUAGACACAAAUCAAUUAUAACUAUGUUAGAGGAAAUUAGGAGAAAGAUAAUGACUAGACAAUGUGAUAUGAUUAGUUUGCCAACACUUGGAUAUCUGAGAUUUCACCUAUGGCUAGACUUACCUUAGAGGAUAAUAAGGAAAUGGCUAGGGGCUGCAAGGUUCUUUGGAAUGCUGAUGUUGGAUUUGAGAUUGGAGAGGGUGAGUAUAAGCAUACAGUUAACAUGAGUACUAAGAGUUGUAGUUGUAGAACUUGGCAACUGAGAGGAAUUCCAUGCCAACAUGUUGUUUGUGCAUACUACCACAUAAAACUAGAGCCUGAACACUUUGUGGAGCAUUGGUAUAGGAAGGAUACAUUCUUAAAGGCAUAUAGUCAUUUCAUCUAACCAAUUCCAAAUAAGAAGAUGUGGCCUGAAACAAACAAUCCAAAGAUUGAGCCUCCUGCACCUAAACCAAUGCCUGGCAGGCCGAAAAAGAAAAGAACAAAAGGCAAAGAUGAACCAAAAAAGAUGAGGUAUGAAAAGGUGUCCAGAAAAGGGGGGAAAAUAACGUGUUCAAAGUGUCAUUAACAAGGACAUAACAAGAAAUAUUGCAAGGUUGUGCCAGGUGCAGAAGCACCUAACCAAAGUUUACAAGACCCUGGUCAGUCUUCAAGGCAAGCUGCACCAAAAAGGCCAAGGCAAACUGCACCUACAAGCUUAAGCCAGCCUACACCUUCAGCAGCAGUUUGUGAUGAUACACCUAGAGUUAGGAGGGUGAAUCAAUCAAAAAGAGUUAGAAGCUCAAGCCAGACUGCCCCACCUACAGAUACAAGUAUUCCUAUUACAAGAGGAAUAACAAGUCAACUACCUCCUAGAAGAAGACAAGUUGCUGGACAGAAGAGAGCCAAGGUUGCAACUCGAGAGGAACCUGCAAGUAGGGAACACAAGAGGGCAGCUGAUGUUGGAUUUGGCAUAUACACAAGUACAAGUGGAACUCAAAUACUAAAUGAACAUCAAGCCAAAGGAUUCUAGAAACCGGUUCAGCUUACAAGGAUGCAAGUCCAACAUGCAUAGACCUUGGUUAUAAAGCUAUAGGAUUGAGAUGGAAAAACAAGGCACCUGUCACUGGCCCCCAAUUGAAGCAGAUGGCAAACAAGAAGAAGAAGAAGAAGAAGAAGAAGAAUUGGCAGUAUUAGGAUAGGAUGUAGUACUUAAUUGGUAAUGUAAUAUGGCACCAAACAAUUUCUUUUUUUGGAUGGUUAUUUUGGCAAUCUGCUACUUGUAUGUACCAGUAAACAAUUUGCAAUAUUUUAAUGUUUGCUUUUGGCUACUUGUAUGCUAACUUUGAGCUCAUUCUUGAGCAUGUUAAUAUAUUAGCUACUAUUUGGGCUUAC